UGAGGAGCGGAUGUGAGGGAGGACAGUAAAAAGCUCAGGGCUCAUGAGAGGGCUCGAUAUAAAGGCGGACUGGGACAGGCAGUCACUCAGACCGGUGGAGCUCUGCUCAUCUCAUAGCACACUUCCUUAAACAACUGACCAAAGCUGACACAGCACGACAGAGCAGAAUGAGCAUGCGCAGAGCAGUGGCUGGUUGCUUGGUGCUGGCGUGUCUGGUGGCGCUGUUGGCUGAGAGGACAGACGGGCACAUCACCUUCUUUAGUCCAAAGGAGCUGAUGCUGAUGAAGGAGAGAGAAGGCAGAAAGGACAUGGAGCCUCGGUCGGAGGAUGGGCAGUUUGAAGAGGUUACAGUCCAGCAACUUCCUCUGGUGGAAGGUGGUGGAAAUCAUGAUAAAACAGUGGAGAUUGCCGUACGUCUUUCACCCCAACAGCUAGAUCAUGUGGCUCCGGUGCUCGAAGAGAUCAUCCAUGAAAUAGUGGAGGAACGUCAGAAAGCCAAAUAGCGAGGCCGAAGACACCGGGGGACGAAUGCUGUACAAAUUCUUCAAAAAGCACUGAAUGUUCAAAUGUUUUAUUGUGUUUUAAUGAAUCAGUCAAUAAAAGAAAGUGAUUGUUUAACCUA